AUGUCAAGGGCCGAAAGAACAGAUGAAGAUCACGACAGUGAACCGGUCUAUGGCUCACUGAGGAUACCGGCUGCGACACCAAGCUCCUACGAUUAUGGCCAUCUAGAUCGUGGGAGUCCGACCGCCGAGUCGGAGAUGGGCGGUAGACAGAGGUAUGUCGUCGUCGUACUCAAUUCGAGUCCGCCAAGCGGGGGUCCUAACAGUAUAGACAAUUUCGCGCGAUCUUGGCAGAGAGCCGCGGCCUUCCCGGAAGUCCUCCCACGGCGGUCGUCGUUUGUCUCUGCGGACUCGGACGAUGAAUUCGCCAUUGCUACUGGCCAAGAAUAUGGGUCAAGAAGCUCUCCAUCCUGGGGUCGGCACUCGGAUGUGGACCGGCCUCUGCUUCGAGGGGACUCGGACUCGGACCAGGAUGAUGGGGACUCACGAGCGCCUGAGUCUUCUAAGAGGGCACUUCCUAGUACUGGCCUGCUUGCUUCGUCGUUUGAUAGAACUUUUGCGACUUCGUAUGGCAGUAUCUCCUCACGGGUGAGCGAGUCGACGCGGCGGCAUGCGAUUCAAUUCCACCGAGAGCACCAUCCUCAUGUGCAUGUGGAUGGGUCUGGAGAUUUGGAUCGGGGCCCAUUGCUUGUCAAACAUGUUCAACAGGAAGAUGGGACCGAGGUUGAUAUCAUCGUGGGGCAAUCCACUCUUCCGCAGACUAUCUUCAACUCGGUCAAUGUGCUAAUUGGUAUCGGCCUUUUGAGUCUUCCAUUGGCGAUGAAGCAUGCCGGGUGGGUUUUGGGAUUGUUAUUCCUUAUCUUCUCGGCAGUUACUACUUCCUAUACAGCCAAAAUUCUGGCUAAAUGUCUGGAUGUCGACCAGAGCGUUGUCACGUAUGCCGAUCUGGCUUAUAUCAGUUUCGGGCAACAUGCCCGUUUGAUAACCAGUUUCUUGUUCUGCUUGGAACUUUUAGGAGCAUGCGUGGCGCUGGUUGUGCUCUUUGCAGACAGUUUAUAUGCCCUGGUACCAGGAUUGAGCAUCCUCCAAUGGAAGAUCGUCUGUGGAGUUGUUCUUCUUCCGCUCAACUUCCUGCCGCUACGAUUCCUGAGUAUUACCAGCAUAUUGGGUAUAAUUUCGUGCACAUCAAUCGUGGUACUCAUUUGCAUCGAUGGCUUUAUCAAGUCAGAUGCACCGGGCUCCUUGCGGCAGCCAGCUAAUACAUUCCUCUUCCCUGAAAACUGGGCUACUGUCCCUCUGAGUUUUGGUCUUAUUAUGUCACCAUGGGGUGGCCACGGUGUCUUCCCUAACAUCUACAGAGAUAUGCGGCACCCUCAGAAAUACGGGAAGAGCCUUUGGGUGACCUAUCUCUUUACAUUUACUUUGGACUGCUCAAUGGCGAUCAUUGGUUGGCUCAUGUUUGGCGAUAUCGUCCGCGACGAAAUCACUGCGAACAUUCUCACUAUCACCAGCUACCCACAGUCCUUAUCCGUCUGUAUUGUGGUUUUCAUUUCGAUCAUCCCGCUCACGAAAGUGCCAUUGAAUGCUCGGCCUCUUGUGGCCACAUUUGAAGUUCUUUGUGGACUCGGAGGGGGCCAUGUGCCUGCUGAAAACGGCUCGGAGACUCUACAAAAAAUCUCACGAGCAAUGGUCCGCGUUUUUGUAGUGGCCAUGAUUGUUAUUUUGGCAAUUAUCUUCCCGGCUUUCGACCGUAUCAUGGCUUUCUUGGGAUCGUUCUUGUGCUUCACGAUCUGUAUCAUCUUCCCUCUUGCAUUUUAUCUCAAGAUCUUUGGAAAGGAUAUCGGUCGAGGCGAGUACAUCCUUGAUUGGAUUCUGCUCAUCAUCUCCUCGAUAUUGGCAGCCGUGGGAACUGUCUGGGCCUUCUUGCCACAAGACAUGCUCUCUGCAAACUAG